AGAACGCGAUGAAGAUGAUUAUGAAAAUGUUGCCACCGCUAGAAGUGUUACAACUGUUCUUAGCCUAUGAAGAUGGAUGGCGACGACUUGUUCUUCGUGCGUGAUUAUGAAAGCAUGACCGCUGGCGUGGAGGCAGGUCCUUCUUGAAGAUUUUGAUGCGCUGUGCCAAGUCGUACGACAUCAUGGAAAAAUUGGUCUACGGACCUAUAGCCGUCCAUUCCCUUUCACUCUGUUCGCGUGGCGGUUAGUGCGUUAACUGAAAUUGACGCAAUAAGGCGAGAAAUUAUAAUACCUUAGAAGGGGGCUUCCGAGACGAGAAAGACCUUAGUUAGUAGACGUGGGCUCCCGAGACGAGAAAGGCCUUAGAAGUGGGUUUCGGCGGCCUGUUCUGCAGGAUGGUAAUACCUAGCUUCUGGCUUUGAGCCGCAAUUGACAACAUAGGUUGGCAUCUAUGUGGUAGCACAUGAUUAGGAAGAUGGAUGCAUUUAAAUAGUAUAAGCGCCGUUUUUGCUGGUUCAAAUACAGUUCAAACAGUCAGGCUGUGUGUGAGUAUAAUUCGUCUCCUUUCAGCUUUUACUAUGUAUUAGGUCUUCGCACGGGAUCUUGAGCGCAAUCUGAAGGACGCAGUUGCUGGGUCACCAAGUCCCACAGACAGUGUCAGUAGCAGCGCUGGGUCACCAACGUCCGGGGAAGAGCUUUCUGCUCUGGUUGGCCCAACACCGCGUCGGCGGAGGAAAUUGCACGCGCAGAGUCUUGCUGUCAAGAAUGGGGCCACAGGCGUGCUGGGGAGCGCCUCCAUCUGUUGCCCGUGUAGGAAGAAGACCCAGAAAUACGAAGCGACUCAGCAAGAAACGGCUUCGCGCAGAAAAAAGCCUACGAAGGCAGGAAAAGCAAAGGGUAGCAGAACGUUUCUAGAAAGAAGUGCAUGCACGCGCUUCGUCUUCGGUUUGUGGCGUAAGAGCGGCUGCUCAUGCUCAUCUGCCUCGCCUUUUGUAGUCGUGUUUCUUCUUCUUUGCGGAACUGCUGCGCUAGUUGCCGCCGCUCUGCAGCUGCUGCGAUGGUACUGCCUGGAUCCCGCGGCUCCCGCAAAAGAUGCGUGCAGUACGAGCAGUGGCGCAGCAGCCUUGUUCUAUCUAGAAGAGCGAGUUCUACUUGCGCUCGUUCACCUUGAUCCCCGUCCCCCAUUGAUGAGUGGGAUUAUCUCACACGGACUGAUGGCAUCAACUUCGGCGUGCUCUAAGCGUAAUUUGCGUGGGGCAUCCUACCCAUGCCCUAACUCUACUAGCACUCCUACUACACGUGAAGAGGCCGACGGUGGACCUUACGUUGCGGAGGCGAGCGGGGACGAUGGACCGCUGCGAGAGCUACCACCUGCGUUGUGGUCCAAUGUUUCCUCCUCGACGACCACACGUACUAUUUUUAAGGCUAGCGGCAUCACUAUAGUGAUUCUUCUUCUCCUCUUCUCUAUCUCUCAAUCUUCUCUGGCACUUAUCUCACGCCUACCACGACACUACGAGGGUAAUGUAAUGCUGUUGCCUUAAGUUCUUGAGCAUGCUCGUAUAUUUAUUUAUUAGAAAAAGCGCACUUUUUUUUUUAACUAAGGCAUCCCUGAAAAGUGUGGCCCCGUAGUUUCUCCGUGAUGCUUACUUGUUGUUAGCAGUGGCCACUAGAUCUACAGCUUCUAGUAAUCAGCUGCGCAGGCUUCUUUAGCUAAGGACGCACCAACUGGAAGAGAUGCAACUCCGGAGAGCCCUAAUGCCACUGCCGCCGGCCUGGUAUCUCCGUCGACUUUUAUGGAACGGAAGCACGCCCUUGUCGAUCCCCACAUUAUGAAUCAUCUCAAGCAUGAGCAUGAAGAUCAUCCUACCAGUACAGAAAUCAACAACUUAAAGACUUACGAGCAUCAUGAUCAAGGAAUCGCUGAGAAUGGUGAACGACAUCACUCAAAUCCGUAGCCAUUGAGCUACCUUAAGGCUAAUCUAAUUUUGAAGCUCUCUGGUUACGGGGCAGGAGGCUCGGGCUUUUCCGACAGUGCAUGAUCGCUGGUGCCAGCAAUAAAGGCCUCGAGCAACCAACAGGCGCGAGUGGUAGUUUGCGGCAGACUCCGGCGCCACCUUUGCGUUUGCAGUUCAAGACAAUAUGCGGAGCUUUCGAGAGGGAGACCAUGUGCCUUGGCGCAGUAGGGCGGAAUUAUGCUCCUUCUACGCCUGGCGAAAUUCGAGACUGGACAGUCGAUGAAGAACUUGAAUUCGACGCCCAGAAACAGGGCAUUUUCGUGUACGAGCUUGGUGGAGUCGAUGGCGCUGGACAGUUACCAGCGACCGAUGUGGCGGGCAAGAUCAUUGCAGUGGACACGGGCAUGCCGUUUUUGUACCACGACCACCACUCCUGGUACCACAGUGCGUCGCGACUCUAUUUCCAAUACAUGAAAGAGCACUCGACGUGUAAGCGCAGCCAGCCUUCGAAGACUAGGCCGCCGGAGUUCGCGACAGUUUUACCUGCCCGAUACAUCAGGCAGGAGGGAUUCGGUAUCUGUGGUUUCUACGCACUGCUUCAGAAUUUAAUCCGACUGGGCUGGUUGAGCGAGGUUGAAGCAGUUUCGCCGGUGGGUCUCUACAAGGUCCCUCUCUUCAUCAAAGGAAAGUGGCGCGAUAUCAUCGUCGACGAUCGGAUACCAGAGAUGCUGAUGCAAGAUGAGGUGGCUAUGCUAAAGCGGCUACUUAUUCGCGUCACUGGCAGCUGCGGUUGUUUUGACCACGCGAUGAGCGGUUCUCGCUCGAUAACAGUAACGGUGUUGAUUAAAGCUUAUGCGAAGGUUGUCGGCGACUACACUGCCGCUGAAGCUCCAGUGCCUGCAGUUCUCGCACAGACUCUACUUGGGCCUCGCUCGCGCGGAAACGUUUUUGAAGCUAUGCGAUACAAGACCUGGGUCUGGAACGCGAAAGCAGCAGCCCAUGCGGAGACGCCGCUUUCGAAGCGUGUGUUCAGGUUCUCCCCUAGCCUCGUAGUUCCUGAAAAGGACAUCGGGGUGAAAUCGCUGGAACACGAGCAGAUUUUCGAGGUAAGUAAUCCGGAGAAGCAAGCAAUCGACCCGCGUGUCUGUAGAUUGUGGGUGUCCCCGCUCGAUCGCGUACAGUGGCUGGUGUUGAAGCUCGUGCGGCGGAUAUGGAAGAAGGGCGAGGCUGGCAGGAAUUCGUUUUUGGCCGCUUGGCAAGACGCUGCGGGAAGAGAGCCCUUCACACUAGGGCGGGGCACCAUAGCAACGGUGAAAAAAUUGUUAGACCUAGUACCUGUUGGACAGGCGACGGGUGAACACGAGGAGAUGCGUAAGAUCGCGAACGCGGAGGACAGGAGCAGGACCAGGGACGCAACGUUGGUAAAAGUUGUUCUGGGCCAGCUGCAUAAGGAACUUUACGGCAAUAGUGCAGAAGCUACGGACGAGAUGCUGCAAAAAAUCAUAGAGGAUCCCAGUUUCACCGUCCUUCACCGUGGCGAAAAUCGAGACGGGCUCCGGAAGUGUGCCUAUUUCCGAUUGAGGUCACGAUUCGAGAACCUGGAUGAAGAAACGGCGCUAGAGAGCGGCCCACCACCCGUGGAGGGACAACACCAACAAACACCACAGACCGUGGGCAAGUACAAGUCUCUACAUUUAACUGUGGUUUCUUGGAGUUGUGCUGCAGAUAAUGAUCACGAGGGCCGACGUAGAGCGUUAUGCAAAGAAGGCACAACGGAUUUUUUUGGAAUGUUCUCAGCGCAUGGAUACACGGUUGAGGCGCUGGAAGUUUUUGCUAUUCCCUUCAGAUCAAAGGGCGUGGAAAAUCCUGCCGAGCCAUCAUCUGAUCAAAAUGACGUGCAGGACGCCAAAUUUCUUCUCGUGUAUGGCAUCCAGGUCCGGAACCCUUAUGGCAUGCCUGCCUCGGGUGUCUUCAAUGCAUUUUUUACGCCUCACAACGCAAAGUCGAAGGCGCCUGCGGCGAACGAGGUCAUUCGUGGAGAAGGGUCGAGGGGAUCCGAUAGCAAUGGUCAGGUACUACUCUUAGUGGCUGGCGGGCAUGUUAGCACGUUCAUGAUCAUCUUUAUUUGCGCUCACAUUGAAAAUGGUAGCGAAUUUUCUAUGAGUGAGUGAAAGUAUUCAAUUUUUUCAACGCCUUACUCGUGCUUUAUUAUGUUUAUGUGUUAUUAUUAUUCCUUGUCUAACUCCAAUUCUAAUCUUUCUCCUCGGGGAUCACCAGACGCUAGGCCACAGGUGUCUUCUUCGCGCAAGCUCAUCGUUCGCACGGAUUAUCCCUGUUAUCCGGAUCGUGGCGACAAAAGUCGUAGCGCAAAAGACGACUAUCAAUGCUCUACUGGCGAUGCCCUCCUACACGCGUUCAACGCGGUUGGCCUUGCCCCUGAUGGCAGGGGUGAGUGGGAUGCCGAUGAGCAGCAAGAAAUCAAGAGGCGAUAUUCUGCAGAGGCGGUAAAGCUACGCCAUGUGGCGCUAGUAGAGCAUGGCGUUUACAAGGUGAGGAUGGACUGCGGUGGAAAGGUGUUGCCGGGGAAAGAGCCGAAGUCGCUAUCAAGCGCUCUGAAUCCGGAUCAGUUUUUCGAUUUGCAGGAGAUCUCGCUCAAUAAUGCUCAGCGGGGCGAAUGCCUGGAGCUCUAUGAUGAGGCCGCAAAUACGAGAGACCAAGAAAGCCAGCGCUUCUGGAUCCCGUGGCGGGCAUUCACGCAGCUGGGCGGGCUGUUCAUGAAUACACAUUUCACCAUCCAUGACUUCAACGUACCUGUUCCGACCGCAUUGAAUAAGCAAGCACUCAGGCCGGUUCCGUUAGAUGCGAACUUCGAAGUGGUUCCCUUCAGGGGCUCUGCCGACCAGCGCACAGGCCAUCAGAGGCGACCGGCUGCAGGGGAGGCUUUCGCUAGCACGGCUUCUGCCUGGGCUUCAAGGGCCUUUGGAGCGGCGUGGAAAAAAAUAACAGGAGCGGAGGAGCGUGUCGACAAGCCGGCAGGCGGUGAAUAAGCAGCCUCUGGCAGGAGUGGUGGAGCGGGGGAGCGUGUCGACAAGCCGGCAGGCAGUGGACAAGCAGCCUCUGGCAGGAGUGGUGGAGCGGGGGAGCGUGUAUUCGGGACGGAUGAAUAAACUAGUUCUGGAAUAAUUUAGUAGUAGAAGUUACAACAUAGCAAGUGGACUUGAUCUUUUUGUUUCUAUUCAUGAGAAUCCAUGUACGUCAUAUGCAUGAUAUACUAGAAUAAGGUAAUAUAUUUUAGACUUGUUUUUUUUCACUCCUGGAAGUUACUUCUCGUUGCCCCACUUGGAUCUUUCCGCACGAUAUCGCUCGCCUAUGAACUUAUUUCUUUUCAAAGCAUAUAGACUAGAAUAAGGUAAUAUAUUUUAGUCCUGUUUUUUUUCACUCCUAGAAGUUACUUCUCUUUGCCCCACUUGGAUCUUUCCGCACGACAUCGCUCGCCUAUGAACUUAUUUCUUCUCAAAGUUUUAAAUCAUUUCUCCUCUAGCUCGCAUGUCUAUCUUUUUCAAGCUAAGUUCAGGUUCUUGUCCUUUUCUCUCUUAGACAUUUGGACUUUAGCUGGAGUCUACUUAUCUCUCGACUAAGGGGCUGGUGUGCAGUCGUUAAGGGAGGAUGUGAAUGUGUUGCUUACCUUUGGCGGGUGUCUGGUGUCAAGUCUAGCUCAUUAGCACGGAUAGAUAAGUAGGUAGUGUGUUAACGACUGCCAGGGAGGGUGGUUGCUGUAUGACAGAAAGCAGGCGAGUACAAUCUUCGCUGGUUAAGUGGCAUUCGUGUCGCUAUCGCAAACCGUGCAAAUGUGAGCUACGAUUUUGACACGAGUGAAAAGCGGAACAUUUUCAAACAGCAGACUGCGUUUAUAAUAGAGUAGUUUAUAGACGCUGGGUGGCUGGGCGGCAUCGCUGGGCGGCAACGCGGGGCGCGCUGGGUGGCAACGCUGGGCACGCUGGGCGGGCGCUUGGAUAGCGCUUAGCGGACUGGAGGGCCACACAUUGGGCAUGCCGAGCCCGUGCGGCCGAUGGAUUUACUUGCGCCGCGGGUACGCGGUGCAGCGCGUCCCGUGAGCACAAACAAAGGCGGCGCGCCGCCCUCAAGGUUCAGGGCAGCGCUGACGCAGUGCUGCGCCAGUUUGCGCAGUAGCGGGCUGCGCCUGCUCUGUUCAGGCUUGCACUGCGUCGCGCUGCGCUGCGCUGCGCUGCUCGGUGCGUGCAAUGCUGCGCCGCUCCUGUGCACAACGGUAAACUCGCCAGCGGUGUUGGCCUUGGCCUACGCUAGCCCAGCCCUGCUGGUGAGGUGGGGUUCUCAAGGAAGCGGGCGCCCGAAGGGCGCCGCGCAAUUGGAGACGCCCAGCGUGGCGCCGGGCGCAGAAUUCGGUAGAUCUGGCACAUUUGGGCCGCCCAGCGGCCCAGCGUGCCCAGCGUAAUCAGCCUAGCCGUGUUGGGAAGCCUUAUGGGCUGUUCUAUUAUAAGACUGAGCUCGUGCAAGUGGUUGCUUCUAUGAACUGAAGCCUUUCAUCGACAUUACCACCCACCAACGUGUAGGCUUCAGUUUAAGAGAUUUGGCCACUAGUUGAUCUGGGUGAAGAGCGUCAUAUCACUGGAUUAAGCGCAGAGCUGCACUAGGCGGCUAUGUGAGUGUUCUAUGCCGGAGGAGGAUAGCCAUUGGGUUAGAGUAAGCCAAGUGGCUAGGUCAGUCUCUGUCUGAGUUGGGAG